CCCAAAUGCGCCGUGACUAGCCCAUGUCUGCCUGUUGUAUCAAUAUCUGCCUUGUAUAUCCGCAUUUCUUCUCUAUUCAGCCCUUCUCAAGCGCGUUUCCCUUCCCUUCGCAGGCCAUAACCUCGGUAUAGCGGAGAGCAGUUAGCGUCAUCGCGGGGCGGAAGCCCUUCGGCGAGAGCUCCAGCCAUAGCAUCCUUCAACGCACGAGACUCGACAUUGUUGGCGCCAGACGCAGAAAAUAGGCCUGCGAGGCCUUGAAUAUCAGCGAAUAUGUCGUGGAAAAAGUCACAGAAGCUGAUGGACACCAUCUCACAUUACAGCAACUUCCCGGCGACAGGUGUUUCUCUACGGCAGAUGGUCCAAUUCGGCGAGAAGCCUUCUACAGGGACCCUUUUCCGCGCCUCACAAUUCCUCUCCGAAGAGCUCCCCAUACGGCUGGCACACCGCGUGCAAGAACUCACCGACCUUCCCGAUGGUCUCAAUGAGAUGCCCUCGAUCGGGAGGGUGCGAGAUUGGUAUGCGCAAUCGUUUGAGGAAUUAACUACAUUACCUCGACCCACACUUUCGGCGGAAGUCAAAGAACGUUUGCUGAAGCCCGUACGGCGGAAUGGCAAAGACUCCAAGAUUCUCAGCCAGGCGACGCAGAACCCGAGCGUACAAAGGGGACAAUACAAAUCAGCACCUGACAGGAAUGGCAAUGGAAACGGCAACGGGAACGACAAAAGGAUAACAUCCAACAAAAGAUACUAUGCUGCGGCCGAUGAUGGCCAAGAGUGGCCCCCGGAAUUGCAUCAAUACAAUAUAAAGUUCGCCGAAGCUCUGGAACGCAUCAAGCGGCGGCACGACAGUGUCGUCACAACGGUCGCCCAGGGUAUUCUCGAAUACAAACGCAAGCGGCAACGUAUGCAAAUCGAUCACAAUAUCCAAGCCUUCCUCGAUCGUUUCUACAUGUCCCGGAUCGGCAUCCGAAUGCUCAUCGGACAACAUAUCGCCCUAACAGAUCAACGACAGCGAUCCGACCCAAGUUAUGUUGGAAUAAUUUGUACGAAAACCAACGUGCGAGAUCUGGCCGAAGAAGCUAUCGAAAACGCGCGCUUCGUAUGCGAGGAUCACUACGGCCUGUUCGAUGCGCCCAAGAUCCAGCUGGUGUGUAAUCCCGACAUCAGCUUCAUGUACGUGCCAGGCCAUCUUUCGCAUAUGCUCUUCGAGACCCUUAAAAACUCGCUGCGCGCUGUGGUUGAGACACACGGUCAGGACAAACAGGAAUUUCCUGUAACGAAGGUCAUCGUGGCUGAAGGACGAGAGGACAUUACCAUUAAAAUCAGUGAUGAAGGAGGUGGAAUUCCCAGAAGCGCGAUCCCCCUCGUUUGGACGUAUAUGUAUACCACGGUGGACCAAACUCCAAGUCUGGAUCCGGAUUUCAACAAGUCGGAUUUCAAGGCCCCAAUGGCUGGAUUUGGAUACGGUUUGCCAAUUUCGAGACUUUACGCAAGGUAUUUCGGAGGUGACCUAAAGUUGAUUAGCAUGGAAGGAUACGGCACGGACGUCUAUCUCCACCUCAACCGUCUCUCAUCCUCCUCAGAGCCUCUCCAGUGACAAUCACCAGUCAUGAGGGGCGCAGUAGGAGACGGCCUAUCCCAGCCCCAAGGAUUGACGUCGAACGGUAGCAUUUCCAGCUCACAGUACUCGGCCGUAUCGAUGGCUAGCCGCGCUAUGCGGCUUAAACUAAGCGGUAAAUUGUCGAGAGAGAUCAGCGAGAGAAGGCAGGUUGGCGACGCUGAGAGUAUGGUCAACGAGGAAGCGUGGUGGAGAGAUUUUGGCAUGGAAGAGGGGAUGUAAGAGCAAUAUUAUUGAUGUAAGAGUGGGAGUUCUUGAGGCGCAACG